GGGAUGAAAAACCGCCUUUUUCAAGCUGUCACUCUCACUAGUUCUUCCAAGUUCCAGAACCUCACCGGUGAACCAUGGCGGAGCAUCACCCUUCCACCGCCACUUCCUCUAACAUCUUCUCCCAGAAAAAUUCCGGUCCGCCAGACGACACCGUGUACUUCUCCAUAUACCCAAAUUUCUCCUUAAACCCAACUUCUCCACCCACCACCAUAACUUCUCAACUCCAAUCCCUUCACCUCGAAAUCCUCCAAAACCUAUCCCGUUACACUUCCAGCUACAUAUGGCAACACGAACCCUUCACCCUCUCACUUUCCGCCACCGCCACCCCUCCCCAUCUCUCCGGCAAACUCCGUUACGGCGACAACCUCGAAGACGAAUGGUUCGUCGUAUUCCUGCUAUUCGAAACCUCAAAACACUUUCCUGAUGUCUCAAUUCGUGUUUGGGACAGUGACGGUGAGUUUUUGUUAAUUGAAACCGCUUUUCAUCUCCCCCGUUGGGUUAACCCGGACACAGCGACGAAUCGGGUUUUCAUUCGAGGUGGGUUUCUCCAUAUUAUCCCUAAUUCUCUAAUACCCUCUAUCCCGGAACUUCGUGAGGCGCUAGUUUUAUUAAGCAAUAAUAUCAGUUCUCUUCAAACUAGAGCACCCGUGGGAGUGCAGCGUCAGUUAGAGAAUAGGUUAAAGGAGUAUCCUAAUAGAGCGGAGAAGAAUGUGCAUCGGGUUAGGGUUAGGGUUCCGGUGUCAGCGGCAAAGGUGUUAAAGCACGAGCCUUGUUUGAUUUCGCUUGCUGUUGAAGGGUUUUACGAUAGGGAUAUAGAUACAAUGAAGUUCGCAGCGAAGAUGGAGAAGUUUUUGGAGGAAGGGAGUGGAGAAGAGCUGGUGCAGGUGGUGGUUAGGAUGUCCAGGGCAAUGUAUGCGCAGUUGGUGCAGCAGACGUUUCAGGCACCAAAACGCUAUCCACCAUUGCCACCUAAGAGUGAUUUGGGUGCUUAUUUGGAAGCUGAGCUUGGGAUGAAGAUUGCUUGUGGAUUUGAGAUGAUUUAUCAGUUGAGAAAGACACAGGGCAUGGAGGGAAAAGGGAGUACUUGGGAUGUGUUUAGACAGAGUCUCGAAAGGAGUGGGUAUUUUGAAGGGUUGUUGCCGGGAUCAAAGGAGUAUAAAAGACUGAUGCAGAAUGCUGAGGAGUAUUACAAGAAUAGUUCACUGCAUGCUCGAGAAAGUGAUAUGCUAAGUGCUCCAGUGCGAAGAAUAGAUGAGAUCCUUGCGCUUCCAGAGUCUGCUGAUGACUUUAAGGAUCAGGAGCUGCCACCCUCUGAUGAUGAUUCAUGGCUUUAUGAUGGGGAAGAUGAGCUAAAUGCCGCUCUUCAAGAGAGGCAAAAGGAGAUGGAACUUUACAAUUCAAAAAGGAAACAAAAAUCAAAAGGACAGGGUGGGCCCAGCAAUGAUUCUGAUAAUUUUGAUCUUAAAGAUAUAUCAAAGUCUAUGCAAGCAUUUGUCACAAAAGUGGCCAGCUAUGAAGGUGCAGAGGUUCCAGAAGACAGGAACGUAAAGGAAGUGGACUUUGAUGUGGAUCGCUUUAUGAAAGACAUGGAAUCAUUUGUGAGGCGUCAGGGCUCUGAAGACACGGGCAAUGAUAUAGAAGAAGAGUCAUCAUCGGAUAUGGAGUUUGAUGAAUCUGAAGAUGAGAAUGAUAUCACCGAGCCAUCUGAUGAUGAGGAAGGUGCCGCUUUCAUGGAUUCAUAUUCGGACGCUCUGAAUGAGGAACUUAAAGGCAGCACACUGAGUAAUACAUUUGUCCGUGCACAUGAACAAUCCGUUAAGAAAUAUGAGGGAACAUCUAAUGCUACAGAAAGCAUGGAAGAGGAGUUCACUCCAGUGGAUGUGGAUUUCAAUCUUGUAAAGAAUUUCCUCGAUUCAUUUUCUUCUCAAGAGGGACUUCCUGGACCUGCUUCUAACUUGCUUGGACUCAUGGGCCUACAGUUACCACCACCAGAUGCUAGCAAAGGGAAAUAAGCAUAUUUUUGUCCAGCAGCCAGCUUAUUUCUCUACUUCCUUUUCUGUAUCCUGUUUGUUUAUGAUUGCCAUGGAGAUGAAGGUCGUCUGGAGGCUUAGCUUGAAGUUAAAGAUCGUCCACAUUCUAGUGUACUCAGGCCUACUCCAGGAGCCACCACCUUGAAACAAAGUUCAUAUAUUGUGUCAAUCGUUCUGCAUCAGAUAUGUUCCAAUAUUAAUCGAGAAUUCUUGUUGCAAGGAACGAUAGUUUUGGCGAACAUAUUAGAAUUAGAGACACAUGAGAAAGAGAUGAAUAACCGGUACAUAAUAGAUCUUAGGUGCCAUGAUCCUUUUUUGGCCAAGAGGCAUGUGAUGAGAUUAUGAUGUGAUUGUAUUAGUUUUGAGUUGUGAGAGGUCUCUUCUUAAGGGGGAGUUUGGUGUGUUCAUUGUGUCUUUUUCAUUUUCCCCUAGUUAUUUUUAAGUCAGACAUGGAAUUUUGAAAAAAAAAAUUAGACAAUUGAGUUGAGAACGAGAGCAAAGUUAUUAUGAAGCUAUCCUGUAGUUUGUCUA